CCUAAAACUUUUUUGGCUGGCCAAGUCAGCCUGUAAAACCUGGAAAAGCCUUCCUUCUUCUUAAACCCUAGAAGUAGGAAGGCCAAAAAAAAUCACCCCCUUCCUCCACUCCUCCUUCUCCUUCCAAGAAGCCUUUCCUUUGAUCAAAAGGAAAGCAGUCCCAAAUCAACAAAAAAAUCCCUAGACCCUCCUCUCCUCUAUAAACAAAACCCCCUCUCCUUCUCUGAAAACCCUCAAUAACCCAUAAAAUCCAAUCUUUUCCUAUCAAAGAAGCCCAUAAAAAUCCAAUAUUUCUGUCAAGAACUCCAUCAAUAUCUAAUAUUUCUUCAAGAAAUAUCAAAACUUUGAUCGCAACAUGAAUGACCCAAAUGAUCACAAAUACAGGAAAUACCACCCAUAUCAAGACCUCUACAAUGUUCCAGCUCAAAACCUUUACAAGCUUCCAACAUCCCCAGAAUUUCUUUUCCACGAAGAGUCUCUACACCAACGCCGUUCUUGGAGUGAGAGUCUUCAGUACUAUACUGGCACAGGUUACUUAGCUGGAGCUAUAUUAGGUGGUGCUAAAGGUUCUGUCGAAGGAAUCCGCGCUGCGGAGCCUGGAGAGACAUUAAAGUUGAGGGUUAAUCGUGUUUUGAAUUCUGGUGGUCAUAUGGGUAGAAGAUUUGGAAACAAUUUGGGUGUUUUGGGGUUGAUGUUUGCAGGGAUUGAGAGUGGUUUGAUUCAUUGGAGGGAUACUGAUGAUUUGGUUAAUACUGUUCUUGCUGGUCUUAGCACUGGUGCUAUUUAUCGCGCUGCGAAAGGGCCUAGGUCUGCUGCUAUCGCUGGUGCUAUUGGCGGGAUUGCUGCAGCUGCUGCGGUUGCUGGGAAGCAGGCUGUUAAGAGAUACGUGCCUAUUUGAAAAUUUUGAAAUUCGUGGUCUUUUGGGGUUUACAAGGGAUAGAGGGUUUUGUGAGGGGUUGGUUAUUUGGCGAUACAUGGAUUUCUUUUUUGGGAGUUUAGUUAUAAAUUGCGUUAGUGUAAUAAUCUGUAUGACCAAAUUUUUGUAAUUCUAUUGGUCGAUUUGGCAUGUGUUGUUGCUGUUGUUCCUGUUUAUAGGAAGUUUUGAUUUUCUAACUUGACGUUACAUUCUAAAAACUUUGCUUUGAGCUGUCAGCUGGUAACUGACUGGUCCAAUCCUACCCGAGGAGAUUUGAUUCAUUCCGAAUUCUUUUUCUGUUUAUUAGCUAGAAUUGAACUAUUUGUUGCUGUUUGAUAGGGCUUGGGAGUUGUGUAAAAUUGAAUUACUUUUGGUGAGCAUUGUUGUUUUCUUGUGAUUGAGCCUGUUGGUUUCCAUCACUUCGCUAGCAUAUACCUGUUUUAAUGGAUUUGGUGAACCUAUGAA